AUGGUUCGAAGGCAUAAGAUUGAGGUGGCAGCUAUUCUUGAACCUCGAGUAAGUGGUUCAAAAGCAAAACAGAUAAUAAAAAAGCUGGGUUUUAAUAAUUCAAUAGUGGAGGAUGCUCAUGGAUUUACGGGAGGUCUUUGGUUACUAUGGAAUGAUGAUAGGUGUCAGGUUCAAGCAUUAAAACAGACCCAUCAAUUUAUUCAUGUUCGUGUUACAUUGGCAGAUCAUCAAGCUUUUCUUUAUACUGUUAUCUAUGCAAGUCCUAGAGAAGAAAUUCGGAAGAGACUUUGGGAUGAUUUACUUCAGUUAUCAGAAGAUAUCUCGGUUCCUUGGUUAAUUGCAGGUGAUUUUAAUGAAAUUGCCUUUCCAAGUGAGAAACGUGGUGGUGCUCCAGUUGAUACUAGCAGAUGUAAUAAAUUUGCUUCUCUUCUAACUGAUAUAAAGAUGAUUGAUCUUGAAGGAAUAGGUUCUAAAUUUACAUGGCGAGGACCAAGAUUUCUUCAUUUAGAUAGAGUCUUUAAACGUUUAGAUCGAGCUUGUAGCAAUGCUGAAUGGAGGUUGAUGUUUCAUGAAGGCCAGGUUCAAGAAAACUGGCGUCAGGAUCAAAGAACAGUUGAUAGUCUUCGUGAUUUCACUCCUCUUAUUAAGCAGUGGAAUAAAGAUGUGUUUGGUAAUAUCCAUCAUAAGAAGAACAGGUUGAUUGGUAGGCUUGAAGGUAUCCAGAGGGCAAUUUCUGAGCAGAAUAAAAGCCAUUUGGAAAAGAUUGAAGGCAAGAUAAGGGGUGAACUUGAACAAGUUUUAGAACAGGAGGAACUUUUGUGGUUUGAAAAGUCUCGUGCUACUUGGAUAGCUCAAGGAGAUAGGAAUACAAAGUACUAUCAUACGAAAACAAUUGUUAGACGUAGAAGGAGCAAGAUCUUGGAGUUGAAAGAUGAUGCUGGAAACUUGAUUAGAGAAGAUCACAACAUUGCACGGGUAAUAAAUGCUUACUUCUCUAAACUAUUUUCUGAAGAAAACCAUGAUCGUCCUUGGGUCCAGACUCUUUGGCCAAAGGUGGGCGAUGAGACUGCUGUUAACUUAGGUGCUCCAAUUUCAAAAGAUGAAGUCAGACGAGCUUUCUUUUCUAUGAAAGAUUCGAAAGCUCCAGGGGAGGAUGGCUAUACCGCGACAUUCUACAAAAAGAACUGGGAAUUUAUUGGUGAACAGAUUUAG